CUCAGACAUAUGAUGUGAAUGGACGUCUGCUGCAGCACUGGACAGAUAUACUGUAUAUUCACUAUAUCAAUCUGUAGUGUUAGAUCGAAAAACGCUACUUUUAUUCUAUUAAUUGAUCAGAUAACGCCGAAUAGUGCAAGAAUGGAGCAUUUCUGUUUAGAACCCUUCACACAUCAAAUGUAAAACAUUCAUCUUUAUUGUGUUUUUUGAUCCAGCUCGUAUCGCGGCAGUUCUUCUGGCAGUAAAGAUCAUUUGUCCAGGAUGAACUGCUGUAAAGAUGGUCUGAUCUCUGUGUACUGCUCAUGGUCGAUCUCAUCACAGAAGCAGCUGUCUGAUAUCAUCAUUACAACACAAAACAACAAACCCACUGAUGACGACUGCAGCUUUGAUCAUGACAGGUGUGAAGCGGUGUGUUUGGAUCGAGCUGAGGAGGACUGUCCAUGUGUCAUCACGCUGAUGUGUACGCCAGACUCUCCAGCUGUGAUCAGCAGUCUUCAGGUGCUCAGUGAGGCACGCACUAUUGAAGUGUACUCGCUGUCUGGAGAAUACUGGGGCACCUGCCGUGGGGAGGAAGUUCAAAGAUCACACAGUGAUGGUUCUGAGGAUAAGAGGUCUUUCUACAGGAAUUGUGUGGUGUUGGAAAGUCCUGCUGCAUCCUGUGAGAUGAAGCUGCUGUCUCUGGGUGGACGCUCCUCUGUGGCUAUCGCCCGCCUGGGUGUGGGACUGGAGACGCUCAUGGACAGGCAGGGAGGUGCGAGCGUGGAUCCAGGCAUUGACCUUCAGCGGGUGCGGGCUAUGAUGGAGGAGAUGGGCACCACUCUCUCACCAGGAGCUCAGAACCUCAUGGAGCUGGUGCAGUGCCAGCAGAAGAAUAAAUCAGACAUGCUGGGUGGAUUCAUUCCUUUGCUCAUGGGAGGUGGAGCUUUAAGCUGUCUGUCAAGAGGAGGCGGAGCUUCCAGCUCUGCAGGGAUGGAGUCAGGUCAACAUCAGCAGAAUCUGUCCAGCAGUGAACACAACCAGAUCCCAGGUGUCAUGUCCUCUCUGCUGAGCUCUAACACAGACCCGAUCAGCCCAGAGCUGCUGCCCAUGUUGCAGAGCGUAUGCGGUCAGGUCACACGUCUCCAUCUGGAGGAGGCCAUGACUCCAGAGAGGAAGAGGAAUGGAGAGCGGCCAACGGAUGAAGAUGCGAAUUGCUCGGCGGUCUCCUUCGGAUCCAUUAGAGUGUUCGGUGGAACACAGAGUAAUCUCAACUCAUCCAGCGAGAUGGACAUUGUAUGGCCACAGUUUCAAGUCGGACGUUACUUCCUUAAGCCACGAGGUUGCACCGGAGGGCAGCGAAGAGCUGCGUCCACACGCUGCAAACAAAGUUGCUGGAAGCGAAUACUGGAAGCAUUUCAGAGGGAGGGUCAUAUGUGCUGUGGAGGCUUUGAGCAGGUAUUGGAGAAGGUUGUCGAGAAGAGGAUGGAGGAGAUGGAGAGGAGACUAAAGGAACAUCUGGACAUGCGUCUGGAUGCUCUUCAACAGAGACUGGAGAUCACACUUCAACAGGCACUCUCUCAAACACCCCAACAUCCACACUAAUACACAACCUGAAUGCUUUUAAACAUUCAUAUUAUUUUAUAAAGGGACAUUUAACCAGAAUCCAUGUUAACUAUCCCUUUAAAACAGAUAUGGUUCUAACAUUCAUGUUUUGCCAACAGUUUGACAUUAAAAUGUUUUACGGUUUACUACUGUCGCUGAUUUUCCUUAGUCUGUCCCAAGAGACAUCGGUUGAGUGGUUUCACUGACUUCAGUCAUGAGAUCUUCACAAUUCACAAACUGUUCUUAAUAACAGUGUUUUACUGUUGAUACUACUUGUAAUGUAUUCUUUUAUUCAAAAGACAUUACUCUUGCUGCUACAAGAAAAACCUUUCUGUUAUUUGGACUAUUAUAAACAACUUAUUCUUACAGUUUGGUACACAUGUUAAUUGUCCACACAGUUGAUUUAGAGAAUGUUUGUGAUGACAGAGGUGUGUAAUAUUACCUGAAUUGCCACUGUGAAUUGACUUUGUGUUAUAUGUUUACACUAAUCAUACUGGAGAACUAAAGACAAAAAAAAGAAAACAAUAUUAAAAGCUAUUUAUACUAAAACUAA